AUGCAUGCAAUAUAUCGUGAUCAUGUGGUUCCCGUCGAAUAUGCAUUAUUACGUCGCAAAGCUACUACUACAUAUCGUCGACUAACGAACGAAAUACUUAAAGUUGCACCUCAAUGGAUGCCUCAAUCAAUGAUGAUUGAUUUUGAAAAAGCUUGUAUCAACGAAUUAGGAUGUCAAAAUCGAUAUCAAACAGACUCUGUUUUUGCACAUAAUAUUCAUAAACUAGGUGCAUUAACAUUUUUAGAACCAAAUAAUGUCAUUAAAGCAUUUGAAAUUCUAUCAAUGGAUUCUUGA